CCAUGGCAAGAAACGGGGGCGCCGGAGCAAUCUCCGCACCACGGCGCCCGGGCGCCCGACGUGCUUGAGACAGCCCUGCCUGUGUAGUCCAAGCCCCUGCAAUGCAGGAAUCUUUUUGCCCAACAACCCUGAGAUUAAGAGUCUCUUGCUCUACCAGUUAAGUACUGUAUAUAAAUAUGAAGCUGCUGAAUACCGAGGGAGGCAAUUGGUCCAUCUAGUUUGGUAAUGUCUGCCCUGGCUGGCAGUGGGUUUUCCCAGCCUUGCUAUGACUUGUCCUUUCAUGGUACUAAACCGGUGGAAAUAUAUAGCAGAACGUCCACCCAAGGACAUCCUCUGUGGUUACUCGUGCACUGAAUGGGAUUCAGAUCAGAUGGCUCAUGAAUGCGAUCAGUGAAGGAAUAGCAUCAAAAGCAAGAGGCUCGCAAAUAUACCGUACUUUUCCAUGUAUAAGACUAGGGUUUUUUACUCUAAAAUAAGGUUAAAAAACUGGGGGCGUCUUAUACACGGGUAGUGGGUAGAGGUGACGGGUGAUUGGUUGCAGCCACGGGCUGCUGAUUGUCAUUGGCGAUUUGGUGUGUGAUUGGUGGCUGCGGCAAGGGUUUAUUUGCAUUGGCUGCGGAUAAAUGUGUGUGUGAUUGGUUGCUGCGUCAAGGGCUGCUAAGGAUUGGCUGCCGCUGCAGCAAUUGUGCUUGCUAUUUACUUCUGCUGUUGGUGAUCGGGCAGACGCUUGUUGCAGACGCGAGCGGCACGACCGAUUGUAACCGUCCGAUUAGUUAUUUACUGCAUUCCUUUCCCCCCCCCCAAAGCUCAACAACUCUAAUCCUCCCCCCCAAAAAACUCAACAACUUUGGGUCAUUUUCUAAAAUUGGAGUUCCCCCCCCCCAAAAAAAAUAGGGGGCGUCUUAUACACAGGGGCAUGUUAUACACGGGAAAGUACAGUAUGUUUGGCCAAUUUGGCAGAAACACAAACUCUAGAUGUGCUCCCCUCUCAAUGUUGUUAGACUCCAGCUCUCAUUGGACCCACUCGGGAUGGCCAGUGAUCAACAUCUGGAGAUGAAUAAUAUGUGCAGACAACAGCUAAAAGGGCAUGGCUAGACAAUUAUCUCAUGGGUCAGUAGGAAUCUUGUCUGAAACAACCUGGCGAGUGAAUGUUUUGUCGUUCAUCUCGUUACGUUAUUAUAAUCGUAAUUAUAAGGCUGAGGAGCAAUUUGGCUCCCCAGUGGCAGGAGAAACUCGAGACAGAAAAACAGCAGAUGCAAGCUUGCGUGUUCACAGAAACAUAAUUGUGCAGGCAUACAAUUCCAAACACUAGUAAAUAUACAGGAGACAUCAUAAAAUUUGCUCCAUGUGAUUUAUAUUAGUGGUUCUUAAGCUGUCUUAUACUGAAGACCAUCGUCUCUAAAUUAAAUAGUUGGCAGCCCAGUUUUAAACUCGGUUGUUGCACUUUUCUUCUAGGAUUGCAAUUCAGCACAGGCUAAGUGCACCGGGGUGGGUGGGUGAGGUGGGGCCGCAGACAAGAGGUUCUUUCUACGGUACUUUGCUGGAGCCACUUGCACUGGUGAAGAGGCAAGCUCUUUUUUAAAAAAUGCAGGUCCCUAUUUAGAACUAUCCUUAUUUAGAGCUAAGGGUUUGCUCUUCAGCAUGUGAUGGUUACCUCGAAGAAAACUCCCUCUCCUCUUUUCCUUUAUCAUUUCCAUUAGAGAAUACAGUGGUACCUCAGGUUAAGAACUUAAUUCAUUCCGGAGGUCCGUUCUUAACCUGAAACUGUUCUUAACCUGAAGCACCACUUUAGCGAAUGGGGCCUCCUGCUGCCGCCGGCACGUGGUUUCUGUUCUCAUCCUGAAGCAAAGUUCUUAACCCGAGGUACUAUUUCUGGGUUAGUGGAGUCUGUGACCUGAAGCAUUUGUAACCUGAAGCGUCUGUAACCCGAGGUACCACUGUACUUGAAAAUUGACUCGGAAGCCUUAACUUGAGAAUCCACUAAUUUAUACUGUAAAGCAGGAAAUUGGCAGUGCCUAUCCUACAACAAGAUAGCUAUAUAGUCGUACCUCGGAAGUCGAACGGAAUCCGUUCCAGAAGUCCGUUCGACUUCGAAAACAUUCGGAAACCAAGGCGCGGCUUCCGAUUGGCUGCGGGAAGCUCCUGCAGCCAAUCGGAACCGGCGCCAGACAUUCGGGUUCCAAAGAACGUUUACAAACCGGAACACUCACUUCCGGGUUUGCGGCGUUCGGGAGUCAAAACGUUCAACAACCAAGGUACGACUGUAUUUGCUCCUGGCUUUACAGAAUACACAAAUCCAACUUCCUGAGGCCAGCCAGACCUCUUGCAUGUUUUUUUAAAAAAUUAUUUUGACAAGCAGUGGGAUGGAUCCAGGAUUUGCUCGGCGCUUUCACUCAUGUAACACUUUUUUGGACAGAGGAGAAAGGCAAUUUCCCCUUAUUCUUCCUUCCACCUAUUUGUUGUUGUUUCGUCGUGUCCAACUCUUCGUGACCCCAUGGACCAGCGCACACCAGGCACUCCUGUCUUCCACUGCCUCCCGCAGUUUGGUCAGACUCAUGUUGGUAGCUUCAAGAACACUGUCCAACCAUCUCGUCCUCUGCCAUCCCCUUCUCCUUGUACCCUCCAUCUUUCCCAACAUCAGGGUCUUUUCCAGGGAGUCUUCUCUUCUCAUGAGGUGGUGAAAGUAUUGGAGCCUCAGCUUCGGGAUCUGUCCUUCCAGUGAGCACUCAGGGCUGAUUUCCUUAAGAAUGGAUAGAUUUAAUCUUCCUGCAGUCCAUGGGACUCUCAGGAGUCUCCUCCAGCACCUCCUUCCACCUAUAGCCCCCUUUAAUGCUGCUCCAAAGGGUUGGGGGACACACCAGAACAGCACUGGGUGGGGGGAGGCAGAGAUAACUGGUGACACUUGCCUCUCUCUUAAUUCCUCCAGCAGAAGCUUCUGCUGGAUCAGAGUCUCUUCCACAAACAGAAGGAGCCCUUCCAUUCAUGUAACAGCAAGUCAAGAUCCAACUAGUCCUGGACCCAAAGAAUGCCGCGUCAGUUCCUUAUUGUGUAAAAAGUAUGCUCAUUUAGCUAUUAAUGUUCUGUGGCUCAUAGUAAAUGAAGCCUUAUCUCAGCAUUUAGCACACCCAGUUUUGUCCUGUAGUCCGCAUUGCCAAUUAUACAAUCUGAUCUUUGUAAAUUAAAUACAUCAGAGUUUCUGAUAGUUCCAGUUAUACAUUAAGCCACCCAUAAAAAGAGACGUAUAGUUGGAUUUUGCAAGGAGUCCCACUGCCAAACAAAACAAGUUGUCCUGAGUCCUCCUUUAAGUCAUUGCUACUGUCAGAGACAAGGUUUCUCGGAUCAAUUAUUACACAGGCUACACUUUAAAGGAUUAUAGCUUGUCUAAUGUUUGCCACUGAAAAGUGAACAAGUAAACAGCUGAGGUCAAAUGGUUUAUAGUUGGGAACAGGGCAAGUGGAAUCACAGGAGAGGUUUCGGAUUGUACUUUGUGGUCCUUUGUUUACGCCACUCAAUAUUUACCUAGCACAGCUUAAGGUACUGCCCACUAGUAUUAAAGCAUAUUCACCUCCGUCCUUAGCAUUCACCUGCCUGGGUGCCCUUGGGUGCAGAGAUUGUGGAAGGCAGGUGUGAUUCUCAUUUGUUACUUGCUUCACAUGCACAAGACAGCCUGGAAGGUGCAGUCAUCUGCAACAAGGAGGGCGGCCUGUUCAGUCGUGGCCUCGUGACCAUGGGAUUACCUUCUGCCCGCAAGCCUUUAGGAACUGAUUAACACGCCUAGAAUGGAGAAGGAAAUGGAGACAGACAGACUGGAAAAUGGAUCUCCCUUCCAGCUUUACAUGGAAAGAAAGACUCCGGUCAAGAUGAGGAAGACAGACAUGCUGAAAAGCCAACUGAGGAAAAACUGCUCCUGCAGCACAAAACAGAUGAAAAAGGCAGUCACGGACUUCUUCCCUGUGUUGCAAUGGCUUCCCAAAUACAACUGCAAAGAAUAUGUUUGGGGGGACGUCAUGUCUGGCCUGGUCAUCGGGAUCAUUUUAGUACCUCAAGCGAUCGCCUACUCCCUGCUGGCAGGUCUGAAGCCCAUUUAUAGCCUUUACACCUCCUUCUUUGCCAACAUCAUCUACUUCCUCAUGGGCACCUCGCGACACGUGUCCGUUGGCAUCUUCAGCUUAUUAAGCCUACUGGUCGGGCAGGUGGUGGACAGAGAACUGCUGCUGGCCGGAUUCGACGUCGACGACUCUCAGGAAGGCCACUCGAAUGUUACGCUUCACAAUGUUACCCUUGACGUGAUGAGCAGCACCGAAUGUGGGAAAGACUGCUAUGCCAUUGGGGUAGCGACAGCAGUGACCUUAAUGGCUGGCAUCUAUCAGGUAUUGAUGGGGAUUUUCCGCUUAGGCUUCGUCUCGAUGUAUCUUUCCGAGCCCGUGCUAGACGGGUUCGCAACCGGCGCUUCCUUGACCAUUUUAACAGCUCAAGUGAAGUAUCUCAUCGGGGUAAAAAUCCCCCGUGCCCAGGGAUACGGGAUCUUGAUAACCACCUGGGUCAAUGUCUUGCGCAACAUCGCCCAGGCCAACCUCUGCGAUGUGAUCACGAGCGCCAUUUGCAUCACUGUGCUGGUGACCGCCAAGGAACUGGGAGACAGGUAUAAGCACAGGCUCAAGGUCCCUCUCCCCACGGAGCUGGUGGUGAUUGUGGCGGCAACCUUGGUUUCCCAUUACGGGCGCCUGAACGAAGUCUACUCCUCCAGCGUGUCGGGCGAAAUCCCCACCGGAUUUAUCCCUCCCCAGGUGCCCAGUUUACGCCUCAUGCAGAGAGUCGCCCUCGACGCCUUCCCUCUCGCCAUCGUCGGCUUCGCCUUCACUGUUUCUCUCUCGGAAAUGUUUGCCAAGAAGUACGCCUACACCGUCAGGGCCAACCAGGAAAUGUUUGCUAUCGGCUUCUGCAACAUCAUCCCGGCUUUCUUCCACUGCUUUGCCACCAGCGCGGCGCUGGCGAAAACCCUGGUCAAAGCAUCGACUGGGUGCCAGACGCAGGUGUCAAGUGUCGUGAGCGCCGUGGUUGUGUUGCUGGUGCUGCUUUUCUUCGCCCCCCUCUUCUUCAACUUGCAGAAGUGCGUUCUGGCGUGCAUCAUCAUCGUCAGCCUGAGAGGAGCGCUUCGGAAAUUCAGAGACGUCCCCCAGCGCUACCGCCUGGACCGAACGGAUGCCCUGGUGUGGUGCGUCACCAUGCUCUCCUCCGCCUUGAUCAGCACCGAAUUGGGGCUCCUGGUUGGGGCCGUUUUCUCCAUCCUGUGCAUCAUCGGCCGCACCCAGCGCCCUCGCGCUGCCUUGCUGGGGCAGAUUGGGAGCACUGUCUUCUAUGAAGAUGAAGGGGAAUACAAAAACCUCCUUCCUGUGCCAAGGGUCAAGAUAUUCCGGUUCGAAGCCCCGCUUUAUUAUGCAAAUAAGGAUUUCUUCCUGAAGUGCCUCCACAACAGGACGGGGCUGGAUCCUGCUGUGGAAAUGGCCAAAAGGAAUAAAGCCAAAAGGAAAGGGCAACAGAGUCUUGAAAGGGGAUUUGGACAGGGAGAUACAACUUCAUGCUUGGUUAAUAAACACAGCGACUUCCAGGCUAUCGUCAUAGACUGCUCUUCCAUUCCGUUUUUGGACACAGCUGGUGUUAGUGCAUUAAAAGACACACUGAAAGACCACCGGGACCUGCAGAUCAGCAUCCUUCUAGCUGGCUGCAAUCCCUCUGUGAUAGCUUCUCUGGAAAGAGGGGGCUACUUGGGAAGUGCAAGCAAAGACAAGCACGAAUUGCUAUUUCACAGCGUGCACAGUGCUGUCCAGUUUGUAAGAGAGAGGGAGGUUUUAAUGGACGAUUCAACUGUAUAGUCUGCGGCCCUCCACUGGCAGCUGAGAAUUUCUGCAUUCACUGCCAAUAGGUUGUCUUCAACACAUUGAGACCUGGAGCCCUCCUUGAAGCACAGGGUGAAAUAUGGGACCACUUUCAAAGUGUUCAACUUUUAUGGAUACCCAGUACUACAAAUGCAACACAAUGUAUUUUCAUCUUAAAAGCUAGGUCAGUAAACAUACAUAGCACCUGUUCAGACAUAACAUUACACCAUUGUUUACUGUACCUGGAAUGUGCGGCGGAAGUGCUUCUCCACUUCCAUCCACUUUGUGGACUCUGAACAAUCUGUAAAUUUGUGCUCUUCUCUCGGUUCUGCUGGCCUUAAACAAACCACUGAAAAGCCUUCUUGGGGAUUUAGCAGUGCCUGCCACAGACUCCUUCCCCUUUCCUCUUUCUACUUUGGAGGGUUAGGGGAAACCCCUAGAGAAGAUUUAGGGGGUGUAUGAGGGGAGGAGAAGAGGGAAAGUUCUAUUGUACAAUGAGAAAGCCUUGCGCUGAUGGAACUAUUUACCGGUACUUAGCACAAUGCUGAAUACAAUUCAGUGGUUCUAGCUUAGUCAACUAGCAUACCUCAGAGUACAGCAUGUGAAGAAUGCUGUUGUUAUUUUAAUUUGCAGCAACACUCAAGUGUGCAGCAAAACCACCACCAGGUAAUCUGUAGUACAGCCUCUUAAAACAGGUAAGGCCAGCACAUUUCAGUUUGCAAUGUACUAACUCAGCUAUUUCUUAUAUUUUGGGUUCUAAAACACCUCUAUUUAACCCUCCCAAAAAA